AUGUUGCGGAAGAUUCCAUUGGGUACGUUGACAGAGGAUGAAACUAAUUUGAUUGCGUUUAUUGUAGUCAACCGUGGCAAAGCUUUCGCGUGGAAUUGGGCUGAGAAAGGUUUCUUCUCCAGGGAUUACUAUCCUGAUUAUGAGAUUCCGACUAUCGAGCACAUUCCAUGGCAAUCUCGACCUAUUCCUAUUCCUAAGGCUAUUCUGGGUGAUGUGAUAUCUGUGAUUAAGGACAAUGAAGAGGCUGGACGUUUCGAACCAACAACCUCAAGUUAUCGUUCCUCACUCUUCGCUGUGGCUAAAAAGCCUGGAUCUGACCCGCCAGUUCGUUUGGUCGUUGAUAUGCAACCUCUCAAUGCGGUUACAAUUCGGGAUUCAUCACUUGUUCCCAAUCUCAAUGAAUUUGCUGAGUCCUUCCUUGGUCAUUCUAUGUAUGGUCUCUUUGAUCUUUAUUCAGGUUUUGAU